AUGUUCCGGCUCGUCGGUCUGUUUUUCCUCGUCUUGGGCGCCUCGGCUGCCGUCAUUGAAGAAGAAGAGAAUGUCAUUGUUCUUACUAAGGAUAACUUCGAUGAAGUGAUCAAUGGAAACGAAUUCAUUCUUGUCGAGUUCUACGCCCCAUGGUGCGGACACUGCAAAUCCCUUGCUCCAGAAUACGCUAAGGCCGCCACUCAACUCAAGGAAGAAGGAUCCGAGAUCAAGCUCGGAAAGCUCGAUGCCACCGUCCACGGAGAGGUUUCCUCCAAGUUCGAGGUCCGCGGAUACCCAACCCUCAAGCUUUUCCGCAACGGAAAGCCACAAGAAUACAACGGAGGACGCGACCACGACUCGAUCAUCGCCUGGUUGAAGAAGAAGACCGGACCAGUUGCCAAGCCACUUUCUGACGCCGAUGCCGUUAAGGAGCUCCAAGAAUCCGCCGAUGUUGUUGUUAUCGGAUACUUCAAGGACACCGCUUCCGAUGAUGCCAAGACCUUCCUCGAGGUUGCCGCCGGAAUCGACGAUAUUCCAUUCGGAAUCUCCACCGAAGAAGCUGUCAAGUCUGAGAUUGAGCUCAAGGGAGAAGGAAUCGUUCUUUUCAAGAAGUUCGAUGAUGGACGUGUCGCUUUCGACGAGAAGCUCACCCAAGAUGCUCUCAAGGCCUGGAUCCAAGCCAACCGUCUUGCCCUCGUCUCCGAGUUCACCCAAGAAACUGCCUCAGUCAUCUUCGGAGGAGAGAUCAAGUCUCACAACCUUCUCUUCGUCUCCAAGGAAUCAUCUGACUUUGCCAAACUCGAGACUGAGUUCAAGAACGCCGCCAAGCAAUUCAAGGGAAAAGUCCUCUUCGUCUACAUUAACACCGAUGUUGAGGAGAACGCCAGAAUCAUGGAAUUCUUCGGACUCAAGAAGGACGAGCUCCCAGCCAUCCGUCUUAUCUCUCUUGAGGAGGACAUGACCAAGUUCAAGCCAGACUUCGAGGAGAUCACCACCGAGAACAUCUCCAAGUUCACCCAAAACUACCUUGAUGGAUCCGUCAAGCCACACCUUAUGUCCGAGGAGGUUCCAGAGGAUUGGGACAAGAACCCAGUCAAGAUUCUUGUCGGAAAGAACUUCGAACAAGUCGCCCGUGACAACACCAAGAACGUCCUCGUCGAGUUCUACGCUCCAUGGUGCGGACACUGCAAGCAACUCGCCCCAACCUGGGACAAGCUCGGAGAGAAGUACGCUGAUGACGAGAGCAUCGUUAUUGCCAAGAUGGACUCCACUCUCAACGAGGUCGAGGAUGUCAAGAUCCAAUCCUUCCCAACCAUCAAGUUCUUCCCAGCUGGAUCCAACAAGGUCAUCGACUACACCGGAGACCGUACCAUCGAAGGAUUCACCAAGUUCCUCGACACCAACGGAAAGGACGGAGCUGGAGCUUCCGAAGAGGAGAAGGCCGAGGAGGAGGCUGAUGAGGAGGGACACACCGAACUCUAA